UCGGCGCUGCAGGGGGCGGAAGUGCUGCUGAACCGGGGCGCGAGGAAGGUGUCGUGGGGCCGGACCUGCCCGCGCUCACCUCCCGCCCGCUCCGACCCGACAGCCUCCGCCCGUCCGUCCUCCGGGACUCGGCCCGGGCGAGUGGACUCACUGGGCGAACCGCUGCCCCCGCGGCUCCGUCUGUUGGGAGCGUUGCCCGGACAACAGUCACUUCCGGAGGCGGGGCGAGCCCGCCGGCUGGUCGGGCCGCGGCUCCGUGCGGGUCUCGGCGGCGGCGCUUGGCCCAGGCCUGGUCGCCGGCUCCCCGCGUACUGAGCCUCCCGACCCGGGUUUGGACUGGAGCAGCCGCUCCCCGCUCCCCGCCCCCCCCUCCCAAGACGCUGUGUUUCUUCGUUGCUCCUGGCAACAGUCACUUCCGGGAGCCAGUGCAGUUCCCGCGACCCCGCGGGCCCGGAGCCUGGGUUCCGGACGGCGCGGCGGUUCGUCGGGCGGCGGCGGCCCGCGCGGGCGGAGGGGCGGCCAUGGUGCUGCUGCACGUGAAGCGCGGCGACGAGAGCCAGUUCCUGCUGCGGGCGCCGGGGAGCGCGGGGCUCGGGGCGCUCACGGAGCAGGCGGCCCGCGUCUACAACGCGCGGCUCAAGGUGCAGCGCGUCUGCUCAGCUGCCUUCCUAGACGCACGGAGCUGGGGUGCCCUGGGGAGCGCCGGAAGGGGCGUGGUCUGUCUUUAUGAAGAAUACUUACCGCUUAUCCGUAAAAUGUCCUUAUCCCAAAACAAGCUCCACAGUGCCAGCUGCCUGCAGUCCUCCCGCUGGGUGGAAAUGGAGGAGCUGGCGGAACACGGCGUGUUUCUGCCUCCGAACAUGCAAGGCCUGACGGACGAGCAGAUUGAGGAGCUGAAGCUCAGAGACGAGUGGGGUGAGAAGUGCGUGCCCAGCGGAGGCGCCGUGUUCAAGAAGGACGACGUGGGGCGCAGGAACGGCCACGCUCCAAACGAAAAGAUGAAGGACGUCCUGAAGAAGACGAUAGAAGAAGCCAAAGCGAUGAUCUCCAAGAAACAAGUGGAAGCCGGUGUCUGCGUUACCAUGGAGAUGGUGCAGGACGCCCUGGACCAGCUGCGGGGGGCAGUGAUGAUUGUGUAUCCCAUGGGCUUGCCGCCCUACGACCCCAUCCGGAUGGAGUUUGAAAAUAAGGAAGACUUGUCGGGAACUCAGGCCGCACUGAGCGUGAUCGCGGAGCCGGACGCGCAGCUGUGGUGGGCCGCCAAGGAGCUGCGGAGGACGAAGACGCUGUCGGACUACGUGGGCCGGAACGAGAAGACCAAGAUCAUCGUCAAGAUUCAGCAGAGGGGACAGGGCGCGCCUGCCCGGGAGCCGGUGAUCAGCAGCGAGGAGCAGAAACAGCUGAUGCUGUUCUACCACCGCCGGCAGGAGGAGCUCAAGAAACUGGAGGAAAAUGAUGACGACUCGUGUUUGAACUCUCCGUGGGCCGACAACACUGCUCUGAAAAGACAUUUUCAAGGCGUGAAGGACAUCAGGUGGAGACCAAGAUGAAGCUUCUAGAAGCCCUAGCUCCUCUCUGUAGGCAAACAGUAACCAUAGUAACAGUGAUGAAGGUGACCGGUCGCACAGCCCUCAUGAAAGACUGAAAGACGUUGGAAUUUCCAGGUUUCCUAGUUUCUGAGUUUGAGUUUUUACGAUAAAAUGUAUUAAAGGUCAUAGAACUUAAA